CUUUCUUUCUCUGGGUGCGUUUUGAAAGUCUUUAAGUCUUCAGGUCGAGCAGGAGAGGAAGAAAUGGAGUUUUUGUUGAUAACAAGUUCAAGAUUUUUGGCUAAAGUCACUACUUGCUUCAUUUUGCUACUUUAUCUGCUGUUUUGUGGAAGCUUAACAACGACUGAAGCUUAUGAUGCACUUGACCCUACUGGAAACAUCACAAUUAAGUGGGAUAUCAUGACCUGGACUCCAGAUGGCUAUGUUGCUGUUGUUACAAUAUAUAACUACCAACAAUACCGGCACAUUCAAACACCUGGGUGGUCACUGGGGUGGACAUGGGCAAAAAAGGAGGUAAUAUGGAGCAUGAUGGGAGGCCAGACAAUGGAACAAGGGGAUUGUUCAAAAUUCAAAGGAAACAUUCCACAUUGCUGUAAAAAGAAUCCAACAGUAGUUGAUUUAUUACCAGGAACAGCUUACAAUCUGCAAAUUGCAAAUUGCUGCAAAGGUGGAGUAAUAAGCUCAUGGGCUCAGGAUCCAGCUAAUGCAGCAAGCUCAUUUCAGCUUAGUGUAGGUUCUGCUGGAACCUCCAAUAGAACAGUCAGAGUGCCUAAGAACUUUACUCUCAAUGCACCAGGGCCUGGUUAUACCUGUGGUCCAGCAAAAAUUGUUAGACCUAGCAGAUUUGUUAGCACUGAUAAAAGGAGAGUUACACAAGCUCUGAUGACAUGGAAUGUUACGUGCACAUAUUCGCAAUUCUUGGCUCAAAAAACUCCCACUUGCUGUGUCUCACUUUCAUCCUUCUACAAUGCUACAAUAGUGCCCUGUCAAACAUGUGCCUGUGGCUGCCAAAAUAGUAACUCUCAGUCUGGGAGCUGUAUAGACCCUAAAACGCCUCACUUUGCUUCAGUUGUGUCAAGUUUGGGAAGGAACAGCUAUUCACCUCUCGUCCAAUGUACAAGUCACAUGUGUCCAAUCAGAGUGCAUUGGCAUGUUAAGCUUAACUACAAGGAGUAUUGGAGAGUCAAGGUCACAGUUACAAAUUUCAAUUACAAUAUGAACUAUAGUCAAUGGAAUUUAGUUGUCCAACAUCCCAACUUUGACAAUCUGACCCAAAUCUUCAGCUUUAACUACAAGUCAUUAACACCUUAUGCUGCUAUAAAUGAUACGGCCCUGCUAUGGGGAGUUAAGUUUUACAAUGAUUUGCUCAUGCAAGCAGGUCCUAUGGGUAAUGUGCAAUCAGAGCUACUUUUCCGAAAGGAUUUGUCAACAUUUACUUUCGAGAAGGGUUGGGCAUUUCCUAGACGGAUCUAUUUCAAUGGCGAUAAUUGUGUCAUGCCACCUCCUGAUGCCUAUCCAUGGUUGCCAAACGCGAGUUCUUUCCGGUUUGUGUCCCCAAUUAAUUUAAUGAUUACUUUACUAUCAACCCUAGCAUUUUUAUAUGGAUACUCAGUUUAUCCUCUCUUGGGCGCCAUGACAUUUGUGACAAGCAUGGUCAUCUUUCAGCUUACAAGGAACGUGUUCCUGAAUCCUGAUGUCAAAAUAAACAAGGCUCAUCGCAGUAUGGGAGUGCUUGAGAACCAUGAGGAAGGAGAAAAGAUGCGAUCUCGGUCAAUCAAGGACAUCUCCACAAGGUUAACUGGUGUGCGGUUCCCUGUCAACGGUAGGAUCCGAGAAGAGACGAUCAUUACCAAUUUACCAUUACCUUCCUGUCCAAAUUGGUUACCUCUAGUUCUGUUGUGUACGAAAACAGCAUCUCUCCUCCGUUUCUCACGAAAGUUGACUUUUUUAUAUUGUUGGGUGUUAUUUCCGUUGUUUUCUCAGACAAUACUGGGAAUUCCCACAUUGUUUCUACGGGAAAAUUUAUCGACAUUCAUCUAUACAAUAAUAUCAAAUCACUCUGCGUCUGUUCUCAUUCUCCUAGCAAUCUUCUUCAACAUGGGUUCUUCUCAGAACUUGCUUUUCGUUCUGAUCUCGGUAUUUUUCACUGUUGCUGCAGCUUGCUCUAAUGGACAGUGCCGGUUACUGGAUACUUGCUCAUCGGAUGGAGAUUGCGAGGUUGGACUCUACUGCUUCGCUUGCGCGCUCGGAUUUUCUGGUUCAAGAUGUGUGAGAUCAAGCGUGACAAACCCGUUCAAACUCCUGAAUAAUUCUCUACCUCUCAAUAAGUAUGCAUUCUUGACUACCCACAAUUCUUAUGCCAUUGAUGGAGAGCCAUCUCACACUGGAGUUCCUCGACUCACUGUGACAAAUCAAGAAGAUAAUGUCACCCAACAGUUAAAUAAUGGAGUUCGGGCCCUGAUGUUAGACACAUAUGAUUUUAAUGGAGACGUCUGGUUGUGUCACUCAUUUGGAGGAAAAUGCUAUGACUAUACUGCAUUUGAACCAGCCAUAGACACAUUGAAUGAGAUUGAAGCAUUCAUGUCAGCCAACCCUGGAGAAAUCGUGACAUUGAUCCUGGAAGAUUAUGUUCAAGCUCCAAACGGACUAACAAAUGUCUUCACCGCUGCUGGGUUGAUGAAAUACUGGUUUCCAGUAUCGAAAAUGCCCAAAAAUGGUGGAGAUUGGCCUCUUGUCAGUGACAUGAUUGCUAGCAACCAGAGACUGCUUGUAUUCACUUCAAAUAGAUCAAAAGAACAAAAUGAAGGCAUCGCUUACCAGUGGAGCUACAUGGUUGAAAAUCAGUAUGGAAAUGGUGGAAUGAAUGCUGGGAGCUGUCCAAACAGGGCGGAAUCAUUUCCACUUAAUGACACGACCAAAUCUUUGGUAUUGGUAAAUUACUUCAUGAGUGUUCCUGUGAAGCAAACCACUUGUGCUACAAACUCAGGAGACCUUAUUAACAUGCUUCACACUUGUUAUGGUGCUGCUGCAAACAGAUGGGCUAAUUUUGUUGCAGUUGAUUACUACAAGAGAAGUGAAGGAGGAGGAUCAUUUCAGGCUACUGAUACUCUAAAUGGGAAACUGUUGUGUGGUUGUGAUGAUAUCCAUGCAUGCAUGCCGGGCUCAACUUCAGGAGCAUGUACUCCAUCAUAGAAAGCAUAACUGGAUCAAGGACAUUCAGAUUCUAGUAAACAUAUUGUUUCAAAUUGUGUUGAAAGAGAAAUUAGCGUCCUUUUACGAUAAGGUUUUUAUCAAUAUGUUGAUGAGAUCAAGUGCAGAAAGAAUGUAAAUGUUAUGAUUUGAAGAAAUAUAUGAAGUGCAUAUGUAGAAGAAUUUGAUUGAA